AUGAACCGCCUUACACCACAGGCUGAGUCUGACACCGGAAAUCGACAUUUGAGGCCAUUCCGACGUCACGCCUGUGACCGCUGUCGCAGUCAGAAGCUCCGUUGUGAUCGGACGGCCCACCAGACAGAUACGUCAAUCGCGUGCGAUCGCUGCGCUCGAAACCAUUUGACCUGUGUCACCAGCGCUCCCAUGCCUAUGGGUCGACCGCGCUCCCUGAAUCCCAAACCCCGUUACCGUCGCAAAUCCAGCAAGACGGCCGAUGAAAUGCGAUCCAACAACACUGGGGCUGACUCUUCGACUCCACCCUCUUGUACCGCCACGCACCGAUUGCCCGACCUGGUCAUGGCCGGAAUGGAUGCGACGAAUGAACUACCGGAACUGGGCUUCGACCAGGGCGAUAUGGGCUAUGAUCUUGACUUUCCCAACAUGAAUGUAUUCGACCCGUCUACUUUCGCCGAUCUGGGCAUGGGCUCGCAGUCUGACGCACUCGGCCCGACCGCCUUCACAGCUGUCAACCCUCAGGAGGAGAGUAUCGCGCGCUUGUGGAAGCUUCAUAGCACACUUCUGGAACACGUAUAUCGGAUCGAAAGUCAAGUGACAGACCGAAACGACACCCUCUCAAAUGGUUCCUCUCCUGACACGGAACGGCUCGGCUCGCGCUUGCCUGACAUUACAAACACCCAGAGUGACCACCCAAUGCACCAGAUGAUGCGCUGUUCCCAAACCUUCCUCGAAAUCAUCCAAUCAUUCGUCUCCUCAUAUCGCGAGUCAGUCUGCAACACCCCAACGCCAGAUCGGGCUGCCACCGACUGGUCCCGAGAUUCGGACGACGAGGAGUAUCAUGGAAGCCAUCGCCCAGCUUCAGCCCCAGCCCAGGAUACCUCAACCUGGUUCACACCACCUACCGUAGACAGUCUGUCAACCACAUCGCCUCCCGGCUCCGGCACGGGGCGCAAUCGAGCCUGGUCUCGAGGAGGCCAGGAGAACAGGAGCAGCAACAGCCACCCCGACAAGAGACUCCGAAGACCGCAACCGGCCCUCCCACCCGCCUGCCAGACCCAGUUCCCAAUCUGUCUAACCAUCACGACCUGCCACGUGUUGCUCAUUCGCCUGCAUCGCAGCGUUCUCACCGAUCUGUACGCCUCCGUCCGGUCCUUGGUCGCGCGAUACACCCCGGCAGGCGAUCUGACGGGCCCACUUGCCGUCCUGGAUAAUUUCUCGGGCUCCGCGCCCUUCUCCAACGUGCAAUUGGACGGGUCGACGUUGAAACUAGACGGAGUAGUGCAGAUCAUGAUGCUCUUGCAGCUGAGCUGCGAUCUGCUGGAGCGUAUCGACCGCGGCGUGGAGAUCCUGUUGACAGGUGCGGGGCAUGUCCUGUCCGCUCCGGGGACGUAUAUGUCUGUUCUGGAGGCUCUGGCGCAGCAGGAGGCCCGCAGUGGGCGCGGAACUACGGACUGGACGGAUUCCGCCGGGGGCCGUGCGGCUCGGUUGGCGCCGUUGCGGAUGCUCGCCAAGAAGAUCCGCAAGUGUAUUAACGAUACCUGUCUGUAA